AUGUCAGUAGUUGUCAAUAAUGACAAUAUUACUGUCAUUGCUUCCUACGGUAUUCGUUUGGUUCCAGUGUCCCACACGACGGACGACCUGAUCUUCCAGUGGGACCCUGACGUGCCUCUGGUGGUGGACGAAAACAUUGAGCUGCCUCAGCUGGAGCUGGUCCAGAACAGGACUGCUGACUGCACGCAGGUCUACUCCACUGGAAACUUCACUUGUCUCGAGGUGAUCUUCAAGCUGAAGCGGCGACUGGGGUACCACCUCUUCAACACCUACAUACCGACCUGUCUCAUCGUCAUCAUGUCCUGGGUAUCUUUCUGGAUCAAGCCUGACGCAGCUCCAGCGCGAGUGACGCUGGGCGUGACGUCACUGCUGACGCUGAGCACGCAGCACGCCAAGUCGCAGGCGCAGCUGCCGCCAGUAUCCUACCUUAAAGCGGUGGACGCGUUCAUGUCUGUUUGUACAGUAUUCGUGUUCAUGGCGCUCAUGGAAUAUUGUCUAGUCAACAUCGUCCUCGGUGAUGGUGGCAAACCCAAGGACGCAGCAGAAGCGGAGAAGGCGAAGCAGCGCGCCAUCAACAUCGACCGCUUCUCGCGCGUAUUCUUCCCGCUCCUUUUCUCGGUGCUCAACGCCACCUACUGGAUCCAGUUCGCGCAGUACAUCUGACUGGGCUAACUCGCGAGGGUAGUGUUGCAAACUAGUCCUUAAUACAACUAGAUAAGAUCUCAACUCAAGUGUUUAGCUUACCUUAGCUCGCUGUUUAAAAGAAGCGGAGAAAUCAAAGCAGCGCUGCAGCGCGCCAUUAACAUCGACCGCUACAUAAAGCGUUGUUUGCCGAAGCUAGCCUAGGAUGCGCGCCAUUAGGCUACGGUUUCCUAUUAAACGCUAUACGACGUCAGCGUCAAAUAUUCCUAUCGACGUCUAUAGUAUCCAUACUGUCCAUACGCUGACGUCAACGUUUAAAAGAGACCAGAACAGUUAAUUUUUAUAAAAGCAUUGUGGACGUGACCUAUGACGGCCUUUAUCUUAUAUCGUUUUCUCGAAGCAUUUUAUCGAUUUUAGACGAUAAACCCAUACAUUUGGCUUCUAAAAUCGACGAUAAGAUAAAUCGCGGGGUGCUUCCUAGGCUAGCAGGACGCAGCAGAAGCGGAGAAGGCGAAGCAGCGCGCCAUCAACAUCGACCGCGUGUUCUUCCCGCUCCUGUUCUCGG